CAAAGGAACUUCCGGCUAAAAAUCUCUUGCACGUUAGUGGGACUGUAAAAUGUUAUCAAAAACUUCUUUAGGAAUAGCAGCUGCCGGCGCUGGUAUAUGUUUCGUCGGAUAUUGCAUAUAUUUUGACAAAAAGAGGAGGAGUGAUCCAGAGUUUAGGCAGAAACUUAAAGAUAGAAGGAAAAAAGCAGCAAAUAAGCAAACAUCUAGGGGAGGAUCUGCAGGAACAACAAAGUUUCCAGAUCCCAAUAACCAGGAGGCUUGUCAACAAUACUUUAUGCAGGAAAUCCAGCUUGGUGAAAUUUUACUGUCAAAUGGACAAAUUGAAGAAGGUGUAGAUCAUCUGGCCAAUGCUGUUGUGAUAUGUGGACAAGGUCAACAUUUAAUGCAGGUGUUUUCUCAGACGUUACCUCCAGAAGUUGUCAACCUUCUUUCCUUGAGAAUACCUAUUGUUAGACAGAGAUUACAAGAUCAGUUUGGCAGCAAAGUUGAAAAGCAACCCGAAGGACCUAAAAUACAACAGUUAGCAGAAGACGAUGUUGAGUAGCCGUUGCAUUAUGGGAUAUUACUGUGUAAAUAAUGUACAGCAGAUAAAAGAUCAUCUUCAAUACACCAGAACAUAUACAUUACAUCUGUUGACAAGGAGUUUGAUUUACUGUAAAACACUUCAAAUUCACUUUUUAUGUGAACUUUAUUUCGCGAAUUUGCUCGGAUUGGUCCUAUUUUAAAUAUAAGUGAAAUGAAAUUUUAUAGAGAUAUACCCAGUACAUGUCCAGAUGCACCUGUUAAACUUAUAUCUGUAUUUGUGACCAAUGUAACAUGUGAAUAUUAGCAAAAAUAUAUAAAUUUUUCUAGUAAUAUGUGUUUAACAGUAUUUCAUGUCUAAUGUCACAUUUUUCAUUUUCGACAUGUUAAAAUGAUUAAGAUAAAAGUUGGUGUUAAUGGUCCACUGGUAGGAUUACUUAUUAUCUGCAACACUUUCAUGAAGGAAUGUCAGGGAAAUGUUGAGAAGACAAGAAAAUUACUGUCCUGUUCUUGGCAUGUUAGUUUUGAACAAAGUUUUAAAGAUUAGAUACUGUAAAUUUGAUAUUAUUAAUAUUCACUUUGUUUAGCUGAUUGAUCAUUUAUGUUAUUUUUGGCACUGUUUAGUAUGUUUGUCUUGCUGUCAAUCAAAUUCUGUUAUCCAUAUUUUAGUUAAUAUUCAUGAUCAUUCAAAAUUUGCAGUUUGUGUAGGAUGUGAAUAUUCACAUAAAUGAAAACUGAUAUAAGUAUUAUUUACAGUGUGCAUUAUAUUGUCUUAACAACAUAUAUGUAUGUACUAUUAACAUUUGAACAUCAAAAUCAUCACUGCAGCGGAAAAAAGUGGAUAGCUGCAUUUAUCAAAGGAAGCAGUUAAACAUGUUUUGCACUGAAAAAAAGAUGUGUCAUGCAAUAUAAGAUGGAACGGAAAGAAAAAGGUUUACUUUAGCUCUGCAUUAUUGUUAGACUUUGUUGAGAAGUGGCAAAAGUAGAGAAGAAAUGUAUUGUGAAAAAUGAAAUUAUCACAAUAGUAAUUUUUGAUAAUAGUUUAGAUUUUAUGCUAUGGUUGCUGAACUGGGACCAGAUUGGAAAAUGUUAGGUGGCAGAAUGUCAGUGAAUAAGGGAACGUGUAGGCUAUAGUAAUCUAAGGUAUUAUUUGAUGUAUGAAUAUAUGGUCAAGGCAUUAAGAUUUUUAGGCAUUUUCUCUUUCAUUCCAACAUAAACAAUUUGUUCUUUUCGAAAAUAACAAAUAUACUUUGAUGGAAUUCAAAAGAGCCAAGAGAAAUUAAUUUAAGUAGAAAAUGAAGUUUGAUGUCUAAAUUCUGAUUAGGCACAGAUGUUUCACCAUAUUAAUAACUCAUCAUUUCAUAGUAACUUGCCAAAGCUACAUUAACCCAGUUGUUUUAUAUAGAACGAUAUAAUGAUUUAAAAAGAUGAUAUAAAAUUUUUCUUAGAUUUUAUAUUGUUAAAUGUAGAUGAUGCGUCAGAUGUGAUAUUCUUAUAAAUGAAAAAACUGAA